AUGGGAAUGAGCAAGGUUUGGUCCAAAGAAGACGUGAGUUGUCAUUCGAGAUCAGUUCCUUUCUCUAAAGAUUAAUGUUUUCAGGACAUACGAAGGAAAGCUUCGCAUGUGAACGAGAAGGGAAUCGGAUGGAUCAUCGCCUCGAUCUUCAUCAUCGGAGAGACCGCAGGAGGUGGCAUGAUCGCCCUCUCCUAUGCGCUCACUUCCAUGGGACUCAUCCCCGGACUCAUUCUCCUUUUGCUUUGUGCCCUUUUCUCGUGUUACACUGCUUUGGAGUUGAGCUGGACGUGGAAGAUCAUGCAGAAUCGGUGGCCCGCUUAUAGAGAUCAGUUAGCUAUUUCCCCAUUCUUCGGAAUCCUCAUUCCUUUCUUUCAGCUGCCGCAAACCGUACGGAGAGAUGGCGUACCGGACAAUCGGCCGGAAGAUGCGAUCUUUCAUUGCAUUCAUGAUCUGCAUCACCCAAAUCGGAUUCGCCACUGUGCUCGUGCUCCUCGCCGCGAAGAACCUCUCCAUCCUUCUUCACUUUUUCUUCUCCGUUGACGUCAAUCAAUGCUAUCUCAUUUUGAUCGUUGGAUUGGCUGUUUGGCCAGCCACAAUGCUCAAAUCCCCUAUGCAUUUCUGGCAGGCGGCUCUGUUUUCUGCCGGCUCGAGCACUUUCGCCGUCAUCCUCGUCGUCAUCGGAAUGGCCCACGAUGCUCCCGUCUGCUCUCAAGACGUUCUGCACGAAAAGCCAGACGUAUUCAAAGCGUUCAUGGCCUUUGGAACAUUUGUGUUCGCCUACGGAGGGCACGCCACUCUCCCGACGAUCCAGCACGAUAUGAGGAAACCAGCUCACUUCGUCUACUCCGUUCUCUUGGCGAUAACGUGUAGGUCACUCUCGUCCUGCAUCAGAGAUAGUUUCCCGUUUCAGUCUGCACCGUUCUCUACCUCGCGAUCGCAGUCGGCGGCUACGCUGUCUACGGAAGCUCUGUCGGCGAGGCGAUCAUUCCCUCUUUGCAAGUGAAAUGGAUCCAGCAGACAGUCAACCUUAUGAUCGCCAUCCACGUCAUCACCACCAUUGUCAUUGUGAUGUCGCCUCCGAUUCAACAAGUCGAACAGAUUCUUAAAGUUCCUCACCGUAAGUAGCCCUCACUUUCCUGCACUGUUUCAUAGGAUACUGUUUGAAGGAUUCGGACUGAAACGAUUCCUUGUCCGGUCGGUUCUUUUCUGGUUCGUCAUCUUCAUUGCUCUCUCCAUCCCCCACUUCGGACCAUUCCUCGAUUUGGUAUCCACAUUACUAUGACCACCAUCUCAACGUCUUUUCCCAGAUCGGAGCGUCAACGAUGGUUCUGAUGACACUCAUUCUUCCUCCUAUCUUCUAUCUCUCCAUUCGGACCCAAGAAGUGAAAUGGCUGACAGAGAAUGGGAAAUCUGACAAUCCGGAGACCCAUCACGAGAGAGCCACGUUCAAAGAGUGAGUGAAUAACGCUUUCGUCAGGAUUCGGUGCUCUUUCAGAAUAAUCCGUCUCACACCCAAGCCGAUCCUCAUCCUCAACGCCGUCGUUCUCAUUUUCGGCAUCAUCGGAGGAACCCUCUCCACCAUAACCUCGAUCAUUCGACUCGCCGAUUCAGAUAUGGCCGCUCCGUGCUACUGGCAAUACUUCACCAAAGGACUGCCCUUCCACGGAGACAACAGCGGAUCCGUCAACUGUUGCGGAACUUACCGUAACCUGACCGUAUCCGGCGAAGACCCACUUGGAUACUGUUCACUGUCCGAUUUCUAG